AUGACCUUUGCCGGGAAGGGGGAGACUUCACACCAGAAUGGAAUUUACCCACUUUUUACAAGUGUUGCCGGGGACACUCGACUGGUGAACAAAAACCGCUACAGUACCACUUCCGCUAUUGCUUCGCUGUCUGGACCUGACGUUAUUACGACAAUAUAUAAACUUUUCGAGAGAUUUCGAUGGCGUACGAUAACCUUGAUCUGCGACGAGCUGAAACAGUCACCCGGCCUAUCCAAUUUCUUCGUCAUACAGUGCGGGGAUGCCAGGAGAAUGCUGGCCGACCGUGGUUACACGUGGUACUUUAGACAAAUUAACACCGCCGAGGAACAACGGUUCCAUGACUAUCUGACAGAAUUUAAGGACAGAUGUCGAGUGUUUAUUUUCCUUACUUUACCAACGUUUCUCCGCAAAAUAAUGCUUGCAGCAAGCGAACUAGGAUUAACGCAAGGAGACUAUGUAUUCGUUACACUUCAGCCCACCACGAGACCAGGCAUUUCUCCAAUUACCUGGAUGACUGCUCCGGAUGGCAAUCGUAGCUAUAAUAAUAUCAGCCGCGAAGAUGAGAUCAUAUUCCGGGCUUAUCAAAACCUAAUUGUCUUGACCGGUGUUAAUCCUGACUGGAACGCAAUAACCAACUUAACCGAUGAAAUUGCCAGUAAAAAAAGGAAGCUCUUUGAUCAGUAUACGCCGGCAGGGGACGAGCGGAACGAACUCCAGAUAUGUAUAUACGAGUCGACAAUGAUGUUCGCACAGAUUUAUAACGAAAAUUAUCCUCAAGACCUGACCAUGGCUAAACCGGAGUUCAUAUCCAAAACCUUCAACCGGACAUUCAAUUUCGCAGCAAGGAAUUUUUCUACGGAUAAAAACGGUGCCAUGAUAAACUACAUUGUUGUCCUUCGCUUGGACCCCGUUAGCAAACUUUUCAUGACAGCAAUGAUAUAUAAUCCGAUGGUAGAGGCGUUCACAAAUGUGAACUAUUCCUUGUGGUACUGGGUCAAUCGAAAUGAUACGCCUCCAGACAAACCGCCUUGUGGAUUUGCCCAUAAUGAAUGCUCAUACACCGAAGCAGAAUCGGCCAUGACCAAAGGUGUUGCGGCAGCAUUCGCUUUGGCAGUGGUAACGAUUGGAACCGCGGGCGUCAUCUUAUUGAUAAAACGUCAAAGAGAUUUAGCCGAUUUAUGGUGGUACAUUGAGCCGGGCGCUUUGACAUAUCCUGCUAACAAAGCCCACAUCCAAAGGAUAGAAUCGUUUACGGCUGUGGAAGACGGAAUUGUUGGCCUUAGGAUGCAUUAUCGUUAUCAAAACGUUUAUGCGACGAUACUGUCUAUGAACAAUGGACAGGGCAUUCCGCUAUCCCGGCAUCGGAAGUUACUUGCGUAUUUGUACAAUUUACGUCACAUCGCACACGAAAACAUUGCUCCACUUGUCGGCAUUUCCCAAAUUGAACACACGGUAAUACUGGUAAGCGAAUAUGGCUCAAAGGGCACUUUACGCCAUCUGCUGAGUAUGGGAGAAUUCAGGAUGGAUCCUAAAUUGCACUGUUCACUGUGUUGGGAUUUAUUUGAGGGUGUGGAAUAUUUGCAGAAAACAGUAUUCGGCGGUCACGGAAAUCUAAGCAGUUUUUUAUGUUCAGUUAACUCAAGAUUUUCACUUAAAAUUUGCCAAACCGGUUAUGAUAAAAUUUACGAAAUUCUUAAUGCUGUCAAAGAAGUCCAUGACGCUGGGCAUCUGGAAGCUGUACAGAGUUUAUGGAAGCCUGUCGAAUUUAUUCGGUUGAAAGGUCAAAGUGCCUACUUUCGCCAAACGCUCAAAGAUAUAAGGGAUACUGAUAUCUUCGCUAUGGCGAUGAUAAUUUAUGAAAUUAUCACGCACAAGCUGCCGCAUAACAUCGAAGAUUUUUCUUUCGAUGUUGUAAAAGUAACUUCAGCCAAAGUAAUUUACGAAGGAAAUUUUCGUAUCACGGAAGAGGAGUUGUUGGUUGCGUUCCCCUUGCGGCACUUACUGAAUUCGUGCUUUUCGAGUCUUACUGAAAAUCGUCCAAACACCAAAGUUUUUCGUGCUAAACUACAGAAAAUCAUGAUCAAGCCAAAACCGUAUUUUGAACAAAUUGCUCGGGAUCUGGAGUCCCAUUCCAGGCGACUGGAGGAAGCGGUCAGGGACAGGACUCUGGAACUUUUGGAUGAAAUAGAAAAAGCUGAUUUGCUUCUGCAGGAAUUACUCCCACUACCACUCGUAAAACAACUUCGCAACAAGGAAUUAGUUGCACCGGAAUAUUAUGAUGGCGUGACAGUAUUAUUUAGUGAUCUACCGGAAUUCGCACAAGUCGGCUUGCAGUGUACACCCAUGGAAGUUAUAGGUUUUCUCAACACAAUUUACUCAACGUUCGACGAGGUCAUACCACAGUUUGAUGUGUACAAACUGGAAACUAUAAACGAUAGUUAUGUUAUUACAAGUGGAGCACCGGUCCGCAAUGGAUCCGAGCAUGCCGUUGUGAUAUGCAAUCUGGCUCUGGAACUCAUCAAAACAUCGAGGAAAAUACACAGUCCUCUGGAUGCGGACCGCCCGGUGGAAAGUCGCAUCGGCGUAAACACGGGUCCAGUAGUGGCUGGAAUCGUUGGGAAGAAAAUGCCGCACUACUGCUUGUUUGGGGAUACUAUCAACAUAUGCAGUAGAAUGGGAAGUCUCGGAGAAGAAGGAAAGAUUCACCUCAGCGAAACAACUAGUGCUAUGAUAAUGCAUCGAAAGGAUUUUUUUGUGAUACCACGAGGAGAAAUAUAUGUCAAGGGUAAAGGAGUGAUGAACACGUUCUGGCUGACGAAAUAAUUAGUUCGAUUUAUGUUUUUUCGCCUUUAAUAUACGAUGUGCGCCUGUUUCAGUUGCCUCGCAAAAUGUGUUCUGAUAAAAUUACGCAUUUUUCUCCUAAGCGCCGUGAAAAAUUUUUUGUGCUCACAAUCAGCGAAGUUUUUCAUUGCCGCAAUUCUUUGCACACUUAACA